AUGUCUGCGAUUGCAGCUUACUAUGGUGGCAAGUCGAUACUCGUCACAGGGGCCACAGGUUUCAUGGGAAAAGUGCUGGUGGAAAAACUACUUCGAACCAGUCCAGACUUAAAAGUCAUUUAUAUCCUCGUGAGGCCCAAAGCUGGACAGUCUCUGCAGCAGAGGGUUUCCCAGAUGAUCAACUGUAAGCUUUUUGAAAAGGCCAAAGAAAUUUGCCCCAAUAUAUUUGAGAAGAUCAGACCUAUUUAUGCAGAUCUCACAAAGCCAGAUUUGGGCAUUAGCAAGGAAGACUUAGAGGAACUCCUGGACCACACCAAUAUCAUUUUUCACUGUGCUGCUACAGUUCGCUUCGAUGACCCACUAAGACAUGCUUUGCAACUCAAUGUCAUUGCCACUCAGCAGCUUCUGUUAAUGGCCAGCCAGAUGCCAAAGCUCGAAGUCUUUAUCCAUUUCUCCACUGCCUACGCAAACUGUAACCUGAAGCACAUUGAUGAAGUUAUCUACCCAUGUUCUGUGGAACCCAAGAAACUGAUUGACUCAGUAGAAUGGUUAGAUGAUUCAAUCAUUGAAGAAAUCACACCCAAGUUGAUUGAAAAUCGGCCCAACACUUAUACAUAUACCAAGGCCUUGGGAGAGAUGGUGGUAUUUCAAGAAAGUGGGAACUUAAACAUUGCCAUCAUAAGACCAUCCAUCGUUGGAGCUAGUUGGCAAGAGCCUUUUCCAGGUUGGGUGGAUAACCUAAAUGGACCGAGUGGACUCAUUAUUGCGACUGGGAAAGGGUUUCUCCGAGCCAUAAAGGCCACUCCAAGAGCUGUGGCAGAUGUAGUCCCAGUGGAUCUAGUCAUUAACCUCACCCUAGCAGUAGGAUGGCACACUGCAGUUCACAGACCAAAAUCUAUUUUAAUCUACCACUGCACAAGUGGAAGUCUCAAUCCUUGCUCAUGGAUAGACCUGGGAUUUCAAGUCUUAGCCACUUUUGAAAAAGCUCCUCUUGAGAAAGCAUUUAGGAGGCCAAAAGCUGACUUUACAACCAACAGCUUUACAACUUACCUUUGGAACACUAUUAGUCACAUGGCUCCAGCAGUGAUAUAUGACUUCUAUCUUCGUCUCACAGGAAGAAAACCCAGAAUGGCAAAACUCAUGAAUCGCAUGUUGAAAACCAUUUCCAUGCUGGAGUAUUUCAUCAAUCACAGUUGGGAAUGGAGUACAUAUAAUACAGAAAUGUUAAUGUCUCAGCUGAGUAAUGAAGAUCAGAAAUUAUUCAACUUUGAUGUGCGCCACUUGAAUUGGCUGGAGUACACUGAAAACUAUUGCUUGGGAGUUAAGAAAUACCUCCUGAAGGAGGAUAUGGCUGGGAUUCCUGCAGCAAAGAAACAUUUAAGAAUGCUCAGAAACACUUACUACCUCUUUAACACCGUCGUCUUCCUCAUCAUCUGGCGCUUCUUCAUUGCAAGAUCACAGAUGGCUCGGAAUAUCUGGUACUUUGUGGUGAGCCUCUGCUAUAAAUUCCUUUCCUACUUCAGGGCAUCCAGCACCUUCAGGCACUGA